ACGGUGCAGCAAGCUUCUCAGAAAGCAAAGGACCGGCUGUUACUGUUAGCAGGGUUAUUUAGUGACUCUGCCUGCCUUAAUGUUAGCACUCUGUUAAACUCAACAAGACUACUGGACAUUUCAGAAAGUUUGUAUUGAUCUCCUCACCCUCGUGGAGAUGACAGAUACCAUCUUUGGCAAUGGGACCGACCAAUGGGUUUGUCCCAAUGACAGACAGCUUGCACUGCGAGCCAAGCUGCAGACAGGCUGGUCUGUCCAUACUUUCCGGACAGAGAAACAACGGAAGAGUCAGAGUUUAAAUUACAACGAGUUGGAGAUUAUUCUGAGAGUCAUAAAGAGAGCUGAAAGACUGGAGCAGAACGAACAGCUCCGCAUUGGGAGGCUAGUGGAGCGUCUUGAGAACAUGAGGAAGAAUGUGAUGGGGAACGGCCUGUCUCAGUGCCUGCUGUGCGGGGAGCUCCUGGGCUUGCUGGGGACCCCCUCUGUGUUCUGUCAGGACUGCACCCAGGGAUCUUGGCCUGUCUCUUCCAAUGUUGUUUGUACCAAUGUGGACGACUACUACCGGGUCAUCUCCUGUUCGUUCUAGGAGCCUGUCCACAUUCUCAGUGAUGUGCUUGACUGAGGCUCCUGGAAGGCAGCACACUGUUGUAGUAAGGGGGUCGAAACUGCAAACUGAACUUGCUGUGUUUCUCAGUAUGGAGUCCCCAACAAUCAUGACCUCCCUUCUUUUUGCUGCCUGGUCAGCACUGUUUAUAGGGUUUCUUUCAUUCUCGUGAUGUUGGUUUUGGUCAUUUAAAUGUUGAAGUGGCUCAAAUGUGUUGGCUGUCUGGAUUUCUGGUGGUUGUGUUUGACGAAGUUUCUUUUUUUCCCUGCUUCUGCCUAUCUGAACCCAGCUGUUUCAACUCUCUUCCAUCUCCCUGGUGGCUUUCAGUCUGCUAGGGGUGCAGACUUCCAUGAAUUGUGGGUGUGUCAGCUCCUCAAGCUCCUGUUGCUGUCUCAUUUCCUCCAGCUCCUUUUCUAGCAGGCUUAAUCGCUGAAGCAAGUCCUGGAUCGUGAGGCACUUUACACAAACUUGGUUGAGCUCUGUUGGGUUUUCUCGGAUUUCCCACAUCAUGCAGUUGUCACAGAUUACUGGCUUGAAUACCAUUUUUUUGUUUUUUUUGUUUAGUGUAGCUUCUGCAGCUGUCAACCUGCUUUCAACCUGCUUCUAACUGCGUUGUACUUGUCCACUCGUACUUCUCCCACGAUGUCGCUUCCACACGCUGUCGCUGGGAAGUCUGCCUGCCUUUUGUUUGUUUGUGUUUGUGCUGCGUGCUCCGCUCCUCCCCCGUGUCCCAGAACGCCGUGGGAUUUGAAUCAGCUGCUCCGAGUUUCAGCUGAUCAGAAAAAUACACGCAGCUGCACGGCUUUACGCUGCAAUGUUUUCUGAUUAAAGGAACUCCAGAUUUAAAGAUGUAAUUCCUCCUUUCUGCUUCUAACUGCGUUGUACUUGUCCACUCGUACUUCUCCCACUGUACGUAAUCGAUCGAGAGCUCGUCAAGCACAGCUGUGCUCUUUUCUGCAAAACCAGCGGAGACAGCGUUUUGCUUUUUCUGCACUGCUAAAUACAGUGGUGACGAUCUGCAGCACCAUGAUGGUAGAUCGAAACAUUUCGGCGAUCUUCCGAUCAGAAAGCUGCUGGGAAUGACUUGAGUAGUCUCCAAAUGACUGGAUUAAAAAUGUACACAUGUCUAAGGAGUCAUAUGUGUCUUUAUUAUUUACUGAGACGUUUCCUGGAGUGCCAAAACACACAGAUGAGACGUUCGUUAUCGGUGGAAAAAUGAGUUGCGGUUGCACUGUGGCGUUUGGGGAUACGAAUUGUCCCAUAUUGUUUUAUUUAAGUUGCAAAACCAAAAAUACAUUUUUUUUUCUUACAACAAUAUAUUAUACAACUGUACUUUGAUUAAAUAAAAACAGUAUAUUAUAUGUAGGCACUAUUUACCAUUGUUAUGAAUUUACUAUUCAUCAAUAUUACAAAAUCAACUUGGCUCUGCAGGCACCUCUAUAUAUUAUUUAGCCGUGUUUAUGACAUCAUUAGUUGCGCAGAAAUCCACUGAGUACCAACUGCGGUUGUGUUAGUGCGGUUGUAAUACACACACACAGUUAGUGCGCAUUAACCAACCAAACUGAAUUAAUAACCACACUCGAUACUUGUUCCGAACAGGAUUAACUAGUGCAGUUAUCACUGCCCUUUGUAACCGAACUGUGUGUGUGUACAAACCGUAUUAAGAGCAAAAGGAACUCACAACCAAAUUUAGCCUGUUUGUGUACGUAGCCUUAGUUUCCUUUACUCCCCCUUUACCUUUUUAUGAUGUCUUUUGCAAAGUGUCUGUGUUCAGGUGCAUUGACUGGGAUCCCAGGAGCUGCUCUUCAGUUCUAGUUACCUGCCAUAGGCAUCUGUAACACAGACUAGAUCAACAAAAGCAUCUUUAUAAAAAUAAGAGCCAGCUAGUGAUCAAGUUUAGAUUAAGUUUCUGUUUUUCUGGCAGUUCAGAAAUGUGCACUAAAUGGUGCUGGCGUGUACUAAUAUAAAGAGCUGAUCCAGCCUAAAUAUGUCAAUGACGGGCAUCUAGAACUGAGGAGCAGCUCCUGCACUCCUAGUCAAAGCACCUUUACAUAGACUUUCUGGAAUCUGCCAACAAGAGCUUGGAACUCAGGCACCAUUUUUUUGGAUUGAACUUAACACUGGACACUGCAAUUUCUUACUUGCAGAUAUUAUGUAAAGCCCUUUAUUUUAGAAGACAGAAAAUUUCACAUGUAUAUUUUUUUAAAUGUAGCGACUUUUAUUUUGGCGUUUUUCACCUACAAAUGUGUUUAUUUUCAUGAUGCACUGGACUCUGCAGCUAUACAGUUUAAUGUUUGUUCUGUGAAAAGAUUUGAAAUAUCAAAACGGGGGCAUACUGCAGCAGCAUUGAAUUGUAUUUCACCAGUCAUUAAAUAUGUUAACUGCACUUCUUGAUUCUUUAGUGUGACUGUGUGCUGUGCUCUAUCUUUGAAUUUUAAGCAUGCCUAAUUGUAAACAUAAUCUAUCUACAUCAUGUUAAAAAUACCCCCUCCUCCCCACCUCCCCACAUGCAUUUUUGUCUUAAUGACAGCUUUACAACCCUGGGGGCGUUACACAAAUAAGAAAUGGAGUAGUAAAAAGAACCACUCCUGAGUGAUUCUACUAUGAAAUGGGUCCAGCAAGAGUAUGCAAUCCCUCUGCAAUAAUAC